GGUUCUCUGAUACGUUCAGAGUUCGUGGCGCGCUUUUGGUUCACUUGGCGCUUUCUUCUACAGAAAACUAACAGGAACCUGAUAGUUGCAGUUGGGUUAUCUGUCUAUCUUGUCUUUCAUCGGGUAUUGCUCUUUGAAAUAAAUAAGACAAAGAUGCAUGUGAUCAAGCGAGAUGGGCGCCAGGAGCGCAUCAUGUUUGACAAAAUCACAUCACGUAUCCAGAAGCUGUGCUAUGGACUCAACUCUGACUUUGUGGAUCCGACUCAGAUUACCAUGAAGGUAAUCCAGGGCCUGUACAGUGGCGUCACCACUAUUGAGUUGGACACACUAGCUGCAGAGAUUACUGCUACUCUCACCACGAAGCACCCUGACUAUGCUAUCUUGGCUGCUCGUAUUGCUGUGUCCAAUUUGCAUAAGGAGACGAAGAAGGUCUUCAGCGAUGUAAUGGAAGAUUUGUACAAUUAUGUGAAUCCACGGAACGAACGCCAUUCACCAAUGAUAUCUAAGGAGACGCUUGAUCUUGUUGUUGCCAAUAAAGAUCGUCUCAACUCCGCCAUCAUUUAUGACCGAGACUUCUCCUACAAUUUCUUUGGAUUUAAAACACUGGAGCGGUCCUAUUUAUUGAAGAUUAAUGGGAAAGUGGCGGAGCGUCCGCAGCAUAUGCUGAUGCGCGUGUCCGUGGGCAUCCACAAGGAAGACAUUAGCGCCGCCAUAGAGACGUACAAUCUUCUGUCAGAGAAGUGGUUCACCCAUGCCUCUCCGACCCUCUUCAACGCCGGAACUAACAGACCUCAGCUUUCAAGCUGCUUCCUGCUGGCCAUGAAAGAUGACAGCAUUGAGGGGAUCUAUGACACACUGAAGCAGUGUGCCCUCAUCUCCAAAUCAGCUGGUGGUAUUGGUGUUGCAGUGAGCUGCAUCAGGGCCACUGGAAGCUACAUUGCAGGGACAAAUGGCAACUCCAAUGGCCUGGUGCCAAUGCUCCGUGUGUACAACAACACUGCCCGCUAUGUGGACCAGGGAGGAAACAAGAGACCUGGUGCAUUCGCCAUGUACCUUGAGCCAUGGCACUUGGACAUCUUUGACUUCCUUGAGCUGAAGAAGAACACAGGAAAGGAAGAGCAGAGAGCGAGGGACUUGUUCUAUGGCAUGUGGAUCCCAGAUCUCUUCAUGGAGAGGGUGGAAAAAGAUCAGGACUGGUCUCUCAUGUGCCCCAGUGACUGCCCUGGUCUGGAUGAGUGUUGGGGUGACGAGUUUGUGAAACUGUAUACCAGAUAUGAAAAGGAAGGCAAGGUCAAGCGUACGGUUAAGGCACAGCAGGUGUGGUACGCCAUCAUAGAGUCUCAGACGGAGACGGGCACACCCUACAUGCUCUAUAAAGAUGCCUGCAACCGCAAGAGCAAUCAGCAGAACCUUGGCACAAUCAAGUGCAGCAAUCUAUGCACAGAGAUCGUUGAAUACACCAGCAAGGAUGAGGUGGCUGUGUGUAACCUGGCAUCCAUCGCCCUGAACAUGUACGUCACUUCAGAACGAACCUUUGAUUUCCAAAAAUUAGCCUCCGUCACCAAGGUCAUCGUCAAAAACCUGAACAAGAUUAUUGAAGUCAACUACUACCCCAUUAUUGAGGCAGAGAAUUCCAACAGGAGACACAGGCCUAUUGGCAUUGGUGUUCAGGGUCUGGCUGAUGCCUUCAUCCUGAUGCGCUACCCGUUUGAAAGUGCAGAUGCUCAGCGCCUCAACAUCCAGAUCUUUGAGACCAUCUACUACGCAGCGCUGGAGUCCAGCUGUGAGCUGGCAGAGAAGCUUGGCCCCUAUGAGACCUAUCCAGGCUCACCUGUCAGCAAAGGAAUUUUGCAGCAUGACAUGUGGGAGAAAGUUCCUACAGACCUCUGGGAUUGGAAGGCUCUGAAAGAGAAGAUUGCCAAGCAUGGUGUGAGGAACAGCCUGCUUCUGGCCCCAAUGCCCACCGCCUCUACAGCCCAGAUCCUAGGAAACAACGAGUCCAUUGAGCCAUACACAAGCAACAUCUACACUCGUCGAGUCCUGUCUGGGGAGUUCCAGAUUGUGAACCCUCACCUACUCAAAGACCUGACAGAGCGAGGCCUUUGGAACGAGGACAUGAAAAACCAGCUCAUCUCCCAUAAUGGAUCCAUCCAGGAAAUUGAAGAGAUCCCAGCGGAUAUAAAGGAGCUCUACAAAACUGUGUGGGAGAUCUCGCAGAAGACCAUCAUCAAAAUGUCAGCUGACCGAGGAGCCUACAUUGACCAGAGCCAGUCCCUCAACAUCCACGUAGCAGAGCCUAAUUACGGAAAACUGACGAGCAUGCACUUUUAUGGCUGGAAACAGGGUCUAAAAACUGGCAUGUACUACCUGAGGACCAAGCCUGCAGCCAACCCAAUCCAGUUUACUCUGAACAAAGAGAACCUGAAGACCCCCAACAGAACCGAGGAAGACACAACGGAGAGGAACAGGGCAGCUAUGGUGUGUUCCUUAGAGAACCGUGAUGAUUGUGUGAUGUGUGGUUCUUAAACCUUCCUUGUAAAUGAUUGUGGCCCAGCUGUAGUUUUCUCAUAUCUAAGCCAGUUUGCCCCUGCCCUGUGACGAGUCACCUUUUUAUGAUGGCUCAGCUAUUCAGAGCUUCAGCAUACUGUAGACAUUUGAUUACCACGUCACCAGGUGUAUGUGUAAGAUACAGGCUGUCUCACAUUGUGUUCUUCAUAUUUAUCAUAUUGUACAAUCGUUUGCAAUAAAUUCAACCAUAUCCUUGGCACGUGGGUGCAUUUUCUGAUUGUAUACAGGAGCUCUGUCAUGUGCUUUUUUUUAAUGGUCAUCUGUUUUUUUUUUAUUAAACUAUUUUUUUUCUGAUGAAUAAUAAAUAAAACUGUUGCAUUAACUCUUACCUCUGUAUAGAUCAUUUGCACUGCAUUUCAGUGACCUGAAAUAAAUAUUUAGCAACUAC